CUCGCACAUCGGGGGACGGACAACCAGCGCACGCGGUCGGUUCGAGAAACGAAACUUGCGCGCGUCUCAUAAACAGGAAAGCUUAGCGUGCGCGCUGCAGGAAGUCGCUCGACUCGCUCAGACUGUCAGAUGGACACCAAGCUGAAGAGCCUCCUGAGCUUCGUGCAGAAGCAGCAGACGAGCCUGGGCUUCGGCCUCGUGGCGCUGCUGACGGCGGGCGGCGAGCAGAUCUUCUCGUCCGCCGUGUUCAGGUGCCCCUGCAGCUCGUGGAACUCCGCCUACGGCACCGUGUUCCUGCUCGUGCCCGCGCUCGUGCUCCUCGCCCUCGGCUACAUCCUCAGCAACAAGACGUGGAAGCUGUUCACGGGCGCGUGCCAGCGGCGGGGGCACAGGUCGUGGCGCGCGAGGCGCGCGUGCGCCUGCGCGCUCGUCUUCCUGCAGGUCACCACCUCGGCGCUGGUGGCCCCCGUGAGCUGGAUCGCCGUGGCGCUGCUCAACGGCAACUACUUCGAAUGCGCCGUGACCGGUAUCAACGUGACGCUCUUCAAGGAGCACCUGUGCGCGGGAAAGGACCCCCGGUGCCCCGACGAGCUGUACAGAUUCCCGUGCGGAAAGACGUCGGUGCCCGAGUCGGAGAGGAGCGACGUGCUGGCGAUCAUUCGAGCGGAGUCGCAGGUGCUGGGCUGGUUGGUGAUUGCUUCCAUUGCGGUGCUUGCCCUCCUGCUCACCUGUGUGGCCAGGUGUACCUCCCCAGUGAGUUACCUGCAGCUGAAGUUCUGGAGGGAAUACACCCAGAAGGAAAGCUCCUUGCUGGAGAGCUACACUGCCCAGCAUGCAGGAGAGCUCGCUGAGAGGAACCUGAAGAGCUUCUUCCAGCAGACCCCCCCUGAGCCUGUGGUCACACCUGAGAACAAGGCUUGGGAGAAGAUCUCCACCCUGUACAAGUUCAACAGCAAACACCAGUACUACAGUAUCCUGCACCAGUACGUGGAGACCUGCAAUGAAACCGACCACCGUCCUUCUGUUAGAUCGGAGGGCGGAGAUGCAGUGAACCCUGUCGUACUCAGCUUUGUCGACGAAGGGAAGAUGAUUCCCUGACAAUAAAACUACCUUGACAGCACUCACGAUCAUCCAGGUUGUCCCUAUUAUCAAAUUUUAAAAUCGUUCUUUUUGAAAGUACUAUUUUCUAAUGCAAACAUUUCUCAUAUCACUUUUACGUUUUACGCAGAAUUUGUAAGAUUUGUCUGUUAUGUAGCUGUGCAGCUGAAUUAUUAAAGGCCAAAACCUGAAAUCGGUGUGUGACAUGCCUGCAAGGUAUGAAAUUACAAAUGCCGAGUUCGUGUACAUACCACAUUCGUUCAUUUAGCCGACGCUUUUCUCCAAAGCGACUUACAAUGUUGAUCUACUUAAAACUA